CUGCUAAACAGCCUGAACUUGGAGUUGAAGUGAACCACUUUCUUCUACUCGGUGCAAUGUUGGCAACGAAGGGCAAGUUGAUUUACAACAUCUACAGAGCGGUGAGCCAUGGCCUGUCUCCAUUGCUCUACCUCCACCUCCACUGGCGUAAACUCCGAGGCCUCGAGCACCCUCUCCGCUGGCCCGAGCGCCUCGGCCGCCCUUCCCUCCCUCGACCUCCGGGCCCACUCCUCUGGUUACACGCCGUCUCUUUAGGGGAAGGAAUGUCUGCCAUUCCUGUCAUCAAAGAAUGUAUUCAGAAGAGGCCUGAUUUGACCAUUUUGAUGACCACUACGACGUUUUCUGCAUUUGAAGUAAUUAAUAAACGUCUUCCGGCUAGUGUUAUUCAUCAGUUUGCGCCGAUUGAUACCCCUUUUUCUAUGGAUACAUUCCUUGGUCAUUGGAAGCCGAGUGCAAUUGUGUUAAUGGAGAGUGAGCUGUGGCCGAAUUUGAUCAUCAGUGCUUCGGAAAAGGGUAUCAUGCUGGCGUUAUUAAAUGCACGGAUUUCAACUAAAUCCUUCAAACGUUGGUCAGGACCAGUGCUUCUUCCUCUUAUUUCGCUGAUGCUCUCUAAGUUUUCGUUAAUUGCCCCAUUGAGCACUACGCAAGCUAUCCACUUUCAGCUACUACAUGCCCCACCUUUUGUCAUAAACUUUUCUGGAGACCUGAAAUGUGUUGUUGAAGACUUUGACAAUUGUGAGGGAGAGAUGAGAAGUACUGAAGGUUUGACCUCACAACUUUCCCACAGGCAGGUUUGGAUGGCUUCUUCUAUACAUAAGGGGGAAGAAGAAGUGAUACUAAGCAUUCACAAAGUGCUGACGCAAGAAUAUCCUAAUCUAUUCACAAUUAUUGUACCUCGGCAUCCACAGCAUGGAAAAGAUAUUGCUCAAAAAUUAUGGAGAGAAGGACAUGGUGUAGCUUUGAGGUCUCAGCAUCAGAAACUUGUCGGAGAAACAAAUAUAUUGGUAGUGGACACAUUAGGUGAACUGAGACACAUGUAUAGGUUGACUCCGAUAGCUGUAAUUGGAGGUUCCUUUUUUCCUAGUUUUUCUGGUCAUAACAUAUCAGAAGCUGCUGCUGCUGGCUGUGCCAUUUUGACCGGUCCGCAUGUCGGGCAUUUUUCAAGCAUGGUACUAGAAAUGCAACGAUUAAAUUCUCUCUCAGUUUUACAGGUUUCUGCUGGAUUGGAACUUGAAGAAGCUCUCAGAAAGUUAUUGAGUGAUGCUAAAAUUUUAGAAGAACAUCGUGUAGCUGCAAAACAAGUGUAUCAUGCUCUAUCAGAGGGAAUUCUUGGCAAUGUCUGGCAUCUACUAGAUUUUCAUAUUCUUACGCGAUUUGAGCUUAAAAGGAAAUGAAGGGCUGCAAUGAUCAAAUCAAGCUUGAUGGUCGUUUUCUCAGAAAGCCAUGAAGGGGCAAGAGAAUGGAUUGGUGCUUGUACUACCUCUAAGAGAGUGAACUAUAUCUUCAAAGAGAAACUCAUCGCAAGGUAUAGCU